GUUAAUUAAAAUCCUUGAAUGUUCCAUCACAUAUUUGAUUUUCAACAGUUGCCAUACUGGUGAGAUCCACAUUUUAUGCUUCUUUUUUUAUUUUGCCAUACAGGUGUCAGGGGUUGUGGUAUGGCAUGCAUUAUGGUUAUGAUGACUUAUAGUAUGGUAAGGAUAGAGUUGGUGUACUUUAUACAAAAUUCUGGACUUCAUUAUUGUACUUCAGAAAAGACUUUGCCUUAUCAUCUUUUCUCUCCCCCUACUCUCUUUAUCAGUGACGACAAAGAACCUGAGGAUUGUGUUAUUCACUACAAAAUUGCAAAAUGGUUAGAGAAGUAAAGCUAAUCAAGGAUAUUCAAGCUCAACAAAGAGGUUGGACAGUAAAAGUGGUGGUUAUUGAGAAAGCAAUGCCACGAGUUUCUAAAUCAAGUCCAAACAAAUAUCAAAGGUUAAUCUUAGCUGAUGAAGAAGGUAAUAAGAUCCAGGCCACAAUAUAUGGUGGAGACAUCCACAUCUUCCGAGACACACUCAUAAUUGGGAAAAAUUAUUAUAUUUCUAAUGCUUGGGUUAAAGAAAUUGGUGCACAAUAUCAGAUUGUUCAAAAUAAUUUGCAAUGGACUAUAAAUGGUCGAACCAUUGUGGAAGAAGUGACUGGAGAUUCAGAGAUAAUUGUGCCUGCUAUUUACAACUUUGUUCCAUUCUCACGACUACACACUUAUAUUGAUUCUCUAUCCCACGUCGAUGUGAUUGGAAUAGCGAUUGAAAUCAAGCCAAAAAAGGAGAUAAUCACGAAUGAUGGCUUAGAGAUUGUCCAAGAGAUGACUUUGAUGAAUGAUAAUAUGGAUACUGUGAUGCUCACCAUGUGGAACCAAUUUGUGAACAAUGAAUGUACUCAAAUUUUGAAUAUUAUGAAUAGAAAACCAAUCAUAAUUGGAUGUCGACUUAAAGUUAGCUCAUAUAAUGGUAUCUCGCUUUCAACCAAAUCCUCCAGUUCAUUUGUUAUUGAACCGGAGAUACCACAAGCAGCUGCUUUAUCAAUUUGGUAUAAUGCUAAUGCUGAAAAAGCCAUGGACAUAAUAUGUGGAAGGAUUGGUCUUGAGACAAAGUCACUGUCUACACUUCCUUCUGCUGAGGACAUCAUUACCAUUAAGAUGAUAGAUAAUCAACUUAAUACGAGGAGAAGCUUUUGGAUCAAUGGUCACAUCAAAGUGACAAAUUUGAUUCAACCUUUUUGGUACUUAAGCUGUGAAAAAUGCACAAAAGCAACUAGAUAUGAAUUUGAACAGAGGUUUAACUGCUUGUAUUGCAGACAUGAUCAAGUUAAAGCUAUGCCAAGGUGCCGAGUCAUUGUUGAUUUGAUAGAUGAGUCUUCAUCAUUGAAUGCUACAUUGUUCGAAAAUCAAGCUGAAAAUUUUCUUGGUUGCACUGCAUAUGAGUUGAUGAAUAAAUCUGAUGGGGUAAUAUAA